AUGAUGACCACGGGGCUGCUCGAUGCCGUCGUGCUAACCGGUUACACAACCAACUCUACUAACCUCCCCGGCUACCUUCACGCCGCCUCUUAUUCCAUCGCAAAUAGAAUCUUCCCGGACCGCCUCGGUAACAAGUCGGACAUCUGGCUCGCCACCGGGAGCAACGCUUGGGACAUGCUCGGCUUCUUGUACGCUCCUUACUACUCGGAGGCAUCAUUCGACCUCGCUCGCAGUACUGAGCAGGCUGUAACCGUGGGAUCACUGUUCACCGUUGGCGCUGUCGGUGGCCCGUCUAGCUUCAGCGGUCCUGUGCAGGUAGUCAACGGCGCCAAAGACUUUGUCUUCUGUUCGAGCAAUUGCUGGGCCGGUCCAAACGGUACCGACAUCCCCAGUGGCGUCAAGAUGCUCUACCCGCACGCAAAGAACUCUACCAGCUACAUUGCCGAAGAUACCGGCCACCGCAUCACUGCCCACUACAGUCAGCCCAUGGUCGCCAAAGAGAUUUACAAGUGGAUUGCUGCACAGGGUCUGUAA